AUGGCAGUUUCCAUUCUCUUGGAGCCGUACUUGGAGGACUGGCGUCGGCGGCCGCGUAUGGCCACAGCGGUUCUGAAGCGAUUGGCGAAGCAAGGUCGAUCUCAGCUCGCAGCAACGGUGUUGUCAGCCAUGGCAGCACAUGGUGUGGAGACGAAUGAAAUCCAUUAUAGUGCAGUGCUCGCAGCGUAUGCCUCUGGUGGGCAGUGGCUUUCGGCUUUGGCUUUGGCCCAACGCAUAGGACGGUCAGGCAUGCAGAUGGAUGCAGUCGGCGUUGGAACACAGAUGCGGGCUUGUGCUCGAAGUAAGCAUUGGGACUGGCCUCUGUCUCUGCUGAUGGACCUGCGCAGCUCUGCUUGUGAAUUGGAUGUGGUCGUCUACAACACUUGCGUUGCCUGCGGUAUCUGGGAGAGCUCAUGGUUCCUACUGAGAGACAUUCGACGAAACAAGCUUGAGCCAGAUCAUCUCACGUUCAAUGAACUGUCGGCGUCAUCGUGGCCAGCGUCUGUCUUCAUCUUGAUGUGCAUGGCCCACGAGUUUCUGAUGCCCGAUGUGUUCUGCUACAACUCUGUCAUCGCCGAAGGGGGCGUAGGCUGGCAGGGAGGGCUGAAUAUGGUGGACACCAUACAAGCAUCAGGACUUCGUCCGGAUGUUGCUACGUAUGAUGCCUCGAUAGGGGUUUGCGGUGGUGCCCACUGGCAGACGGCUUUCUCAUUGUGGACCAUCCUUGUGACCGCGUGCCGGGCAGACGUCGUGGCACUUACUGCGGUCCUGGGCACCUGUGCGGAUAUCUCGAAAUGGCAGGCCUCCUUUGGGGUUUGCCAGGAACUACAGGCAGUGGACCUAAUCUCCUGCAACGCGUUAGUCCAUGCGUGUGCUAAGGGCAGCAUGUGGCAGGAUGCCGUGUUCCUGUUCGAUGUAGCACCCCGGAAUCGAGUUCUACCAGAUGAGGCAACACAGAGCUCUCUUCUCACAUCGUUGUCGGCCGGAUCCUGCUGGGAGCUUGCACUGUCGGCCUUCCUUCAAUGGUUCGGGAAGCCGUCGGCCCGCACGCCUCUCGUUUGCAGCGCACUCUUGAGUACCUUGUCUGCAGGCUGGCAGUGGUUGUUUGCCUUGCAGCUCCUGCGCGUCAUGGCAAAAUCCAGCGUGGAAGCCAGCCGGGAGUGCCAGAACGCGGCCAUCGACGCCUGUGGCCGCGCCUCGCAGUGGCAAAUGGCCGCCGCUCUCUUCUUCGGGAGUUCUCCUGCUAACUCCAUCGGCUUGAACUCGGCCGUCGCUGCCAAGGCCCGGGCGGCCGAGUGGCAAAUGGCCGCUUUGGUGCUUGGGUCCUUCGCUUCCCGAAAUCUGCAGAGGAAUGGGAUCAGCUUCAGUUCCGCGGGCCACGCUCUCGCCAGAUGCCUCCUCUGGGACCGCUCCUUGCAUGCCUUGAAAUUCACGAAGCAAGCGGGGGUGCUGCCGUUCCAUGCGGCCUACAACUCUGCGGCUUGCUCUCUAGAGAAGAAGCACUGGUCCCGAACACUCGGCCUCCUGAAGGCCAUGGGGAUCCUGCACGUGGAAAGAGACGACGUGGCUUGCAGCAAGCUCUUGAGUUCAUGUGCCAACACUGCUCAGUGGAGAUUGUCUUUGUGCAUAGCAGGCCAGAUGCCUCGCAAUUCGUAUUUUUGCACUGAUGCAGUAUGCACGUGUGCGGUCAGAUCUUUGACCAGUGCGUUGAGGUGGACGGAUGCACUGGAGCUCUGGCUCGGUUCCACGUCCUCCAUUCCUUCCGCAACUUUAUUUUCAAGCUUCGUGCUGGACUGCAUACUCCAGGGCUACAUGGCGUCUGGCCAUGGCCAUGUGCAGCUAGUUCCCUCUAUGCUCAGUCGGUUACAGUCCACGCCCUUCUUAAGGAGUGGCUCUCCGCUCAGGCAAAAAAGGCGGAACGAGUCCACGGAUGUGGCUAGGACUAGCUCUGUACGACGCUUGGAUUUCGUGACCGAGGCACAGAGCUCCAUUUCAGGCGCCGUCUCCCUGAAGGAGCAAGCCGAGAAAAACAGCCGGGCCAUCGGCAAGAUCAUACCGACAUGGCAAGCUGUUGAGGGCACCGCGGUCAGCAUGUGCCCGUCAGUGCUUGCAACGAAGGACACCAUUGGACACCUGCAGUGUCGCACGACGGAGUUCGUGAGCAAAGCCGGGCUGUCCUCUUGGGUCCCAUCGCAGGUGACGGACAUCGUGGGCAACUGCCCAGCCACGUUGCCGACGACGGAGGAAGCCGUGGCGCAGGGCUGCCCGGAGAAGGCCCAGUCCGCCAACGUCAAGGAUGUACUCGGUGAGCACUCUGAGACCCUCGGUUGGGCCAUGGCCGUGGGCGGCGGUGUGGUCGGCCUGGGCAUCUGUGGAGGAGGCGCCGCUAUAAUGAAGAGCAAAGCGAGCAAGGACGAGGAGGAGUAUGACUCCGAAGAAGAUGAGGAAGAGAAUCAGACAUUGAAUGGCUGGCAGUCUCACCUGGCUGGGUUCAGUGCCGAGAUCCUGCGUAUCUGGCCUCACGUGACAUGCAGCAAAGCAGACAUUGAGCACUGGCCAAUCCAGACAUCAGCCCCCAGCGCGAGCAGUGCAUUGUAUUUCGGAUGCGAGCCCAUGCCCCAUGGCUGUGUGCCACAGCGGCCUCAAGAAGAUGCCGGACUCGCGUUGACCGGGCGAAAGAGACUUGCGCCUGACUGGAGACCCACCCUGGUCGCGGAUCCUCACCAGUAG